AUGUACCUUUGUGAUUUAGAUAUCCCUGAUGAGCUUAAUUAUGUGCACUGUGACAUUAACUGGUGUUUGAAAAACCCAUGGCAGAUUCAUGGCCUUGGCACAAAACUCUUGGGAGUGGAUUUUUUGCAAGAAGCACUGGACGCGCUGGGGGAACGUGCUCUGCCACUUGCACCCAAGCCACAGAGUUGGAGCUCUGUAGUGUCUGCUAGAUCUUAUUUGGAUGCCUCUCUAAGUCUCCCCUGUCUUCAUCUGAUCAAGACAGCCUUCAGUCUUGUGACAUUCAGGCCUCCCAAAGCUGUGCCAGAGCAAGCACAGGUUGCAAACCUGGCCUGUUCCAUCUCAAAUAAUGAAGAAGGUGUGAAGUUAGUCCGUAUGGCAGCAACACAGAUUGAUAGUCUGUGCCCACAGGUGAUCAAUGCUGCACUCACGUUGGCUGCCAGACCCCAGAGCAAAGUAGCACAGGACAACAUGGAUGUCUUUAAAGAUCAGUGGGAGAAGCAAGUGCGAGUCCUCACUGAAGCUGUUGAUGACAUCACUUCAGUGGAUGAUUUCCUCUCUGUUUCAGAAAACCAUAUUCUGGAAGAUGUGAAUAAGUGUGUGAUUGCUCUCCAAGAGGGGGAUGUCGAUACACUGGACAGAACUGCAGGUGCCAUCCGUGGCCGUGCAGCCAGAGUUAUUCACAUCAUUAAUGCAGAGAUGGAAAACUAUGAAACGGGAGUCUACACUGAGAAAGUACUGGAAGCUACCAAACUGCUCUCUGAAACAGUUAUGCCACGUUUUGCUGAACAAGUUGAGGUUGCCAUUGAAGCUUUGAGUGCGAAUGUCCCACAGCCCUUUGAAGAGAAUGAGUUCAUAGAUGCCUCCCGUUUGGUUUAUGAUGGAGUUCGGGACAUCAGGAAAGCUGUUCUCAUGAUAAGGACCCCUGAAGAGCUAGAAGAUGACUCAGACUUUGAGCAGGAAGAUUAUGACGUUCGCAGCCGAACAAGUGUCCAGACUGAAGAUGACCAGCUUAUUGCUGGCCAGAGUGCAAGGGCUAUCAUGGCUCAGCUUCCUCAGGAGGAGAAGGCUAAGAUUGCUGAGCAGGUAGAGAUAUUCCACCAAGAAAAGAGCAAACUAGAUGCAGAGGUGGCCAAGUGGGAUGACAGUGGUAAUGACAUCAUUGUGUUGGCAAAGCAGAUGUGCAUGAUCAUGAUGGAAAUGACAGACUUCACUAGAGGUAAAGGCCCCCUGAAGAACACAUCAGAUGUCAUUAAUGCAGCCAAGAAGAUUGCAGAGGCAGGUUCACGGAUGGACAAAUUGGCACGGGCCGUAGCUGAUCAGUGCCCCGACUCAGCCUGCAAGCAGGAUCUGCUGGCCUACCUGCAGCGCAUUGCCCUCUACUGCCACCAGCUCAAUAUCUGCAGCAAAGUGAAGGCAGAAGUUCAGAACCUGGGAGGAGAACUUAUUGUAUCAGGGACUGGAGUUCAGAGCACUUUCACUACCUUUUAUGAGGUAGAGUGUGAUGUCAUAGAUGGGGGCAGGGCUAGUCAACUUUCUACCCACCCACCCACCUGUGCUGAGGGAGCUACGCUUGAGACCGGAAGCGGUGACUCCUCGACGCUGGACAGUGCCACUUCCCUCAUCCAGGCAGCUAAAAAUCUGAUGAAUGCUGUGGUCCUUACAGUGAAAGCAUCAUAUGUGGCUUCUACUAAAUACCAGAAGGUCUAUGGUACUGCUGCAGUGAACUCACCAGUUGUAUCUUGGAAAAUGAAAGCCCCUGAGAAGAAACCUCUAGUAAAGAGAGAAAAACCAGAAGAGUAUCAGACAAGAGUGAGAAGAGGGUCCCAGAAGAAACAUAUUUCCCCUGUACAGGCCUUAAGUGAAUUUAAAGCUAUGGAUUCCUUCUAAAACACUCAGCUUUACCAGGAGGGUUUUAUAUUCUUUUUGUAUGCAUACCUGCUGACUUGUGUGUGUCUGGCAUGGGUGGGGGAAGCAGUGCCCAUUUGCAUGCUACCUGAGACUCUAUUGAAGUAACUCUCUGCAAUGCCAAAAUUCAGGGCAUUCUCUUCUGAUCUUAAAUGGACUUAUCCCAAGCUUACUUUUUAAACUAAACCGUAGCCUUGAAUUGGCCAAAGAAUUUGCAUCACUGGGGUACGUGCGAGUUAAAUAAUAAAUUCAGAUCUAAACCCAGAAAUUUGUAUGCAUGCAGGAAACAUUAGGUUGGCAGGUAUAUUAAGUGAA